UUUUAUUGCUACAGUUUCAAAGCGAAUACCGACAAGUAAAGAUUUCUUUGGUUUUUGAGCUAGCAAAAUGUUUUGGAAAAUCGUAAGAUUUUUUCUUCAGUUUUCCUUUAUUGGAGAAUUAAUCAUAAGCACCGUUGCUCAAGCUUGUCCCAUUUAUUUGACUAUUGGUUUGGAUGGCAAAAUAUAUCAGGAAUCCGCCUUGCAACUCAACUGGGCCUCUGAUUGUUAUGUUCGUCCAGAAUGGUAUGGCAUUUACACCGAAGAACCCUCAUCAAUCCUUUUGGAUCCCUAUAUACGCAUUCAGAAUGUCAGCGAUGGCAUUCAUCGUCUAGCCAUUAAACAGAAAGUGGGUAAAUUAAAAUUCCCCCUGGGAUGGAAUCGCAACGAUAACACCGAGAAUGUGCCACACUACAAGAAAAUGAAGUGUCUUGAUUAUUAUGUGGCCAGUUUUCGUGGCAACGAAUUGUUAAGUGUAGAAUGCUUGAAAAUCUAUCCCAAUUGGAUGAGAAGUCACGAGGGUAUGGGACGAAUGCAGUUGAAGAAUUUGUUUAUACCGGGAACCCAUGCUUCUGGAGCCUAUCUUACAAAUUAUGGUGCUACCAAGUCGAUUUUCAUUAAAGAACAUGCCAUUUCACAAUAUUUUGAUGUUUGGUCGCAAUUGGUUUUUGGUAUAAGAUAUUUGGAUCUUAGCAUAGGGGUUUAUAAGGCAAGCAGUUCCAGUGAUCCUCUCAAUCCCGAAAAAUUUUGGAUUGUCAACGAAAAUAUGUUCAUCAAUCAAUUGCGUUUUAUUUUAAAGGAUGUUCGAAAAUUUGUUGCCCUUUCCGGUGAGGUAGUUAUAUUAGACUUUAGCUCAUUUCCUAUUGGGUUUUAUAAACGUCCGGAAGUGCAUAUGGAACUGUACUCAAUGAUCAACCGUGAACUAGGCUCGUUGGCGUACCAACAUAAUGAUUCAACGGUGCCUUGUUAUAAUUUAACCAUUGAUGACAUUGUCAAUACCAAUAGAACAAUCAUAAUCCUUUAUCCAUUGGACGAGUUGCCGCAUCCGGCAAAUGAAUCUCCAAUAUUAUGCCAGCCUUGGAAACGUUUCUCUACCGGUUUCAUGAACACCUCGCAGGCUUUGGAUUAUAUGCGGCUUCUUUUUAGCAAAAAGAAAUCAUCACCAGUACAAGAUGAAGGCUGGACAUUUAAUGCCAUCAAAAGUAUGGAACAAUCUUUGAACAUGGAAAAGUUACAAACAGCCAAAGAGCGUGCAUUACACAUCAACAGCAAAGUAUCCAAUUGGCUACGCGGUCCCUGGGGCAAGACGGCCAAUGUUGUGACGCUAGACUAUUUUAGCAGUACCAAUAUUAUUGAUGUUGCCAUUAAUGCUAAUAUUCAUAAGGCUUUCUUGAAAUCGAACAAAAAUUAUGUUCAUUUUGAAAUAACUGUAUAAGCAAUAUAUGUAUGUACAUAUGAACAUAAACAAAUAAAAGCGUGCUAAGUUCGGCCGGGCCGAAUCUUAUAUACCCUCCACCAUG